AAUCUAAAAUUAUAACAGUGGCUGCAAUAGAAAGUGUCCCGGUUGCUAUGAGAGAUAAUAAUGGUAAAUUGAAUGGGACAGAUCCACAAUUUAUUAAAUUGGCGGCGGAAAAAUUGAAUUUCACUCCUGUUAUAAGAUACACGUGGGAUUUUGGAAAUAAAGAACCUAAUGGAACAAUAACUGGAGCGUUUGGAAUGUUGUAUAAUAAAGAAAUUGAUGCAAUUUUCGGCCAAAUAUUUACUAAAGAUUAUCAUAUAAACGAGAUUACAUUUACUAACACAAUAAGCGGAGAUAAACUUUGCGUUAUCGUUCCGAAAAUGGAACAAAAACCGAAAUGGUUAGCGAUUUUUGCAACAUUUCAAAUUGAAGUUUGGAUUUUAAUAGUAACUUUUGUGACAACUAUAGGAAUUUGUUUGUAUUUUUUAAGAAAAUUCAACUCAUUCACAAAAAACUUCUCAAAUCUAAACCAUUUUCAUUUUAAUGAGUUUGAUACUAGAUUCAUAACGCUUACAUCUGACACAUUUAGAUUGGUUUAUAAUGUUGCACCAAAUUAUCUUUCACGAAGACCAAUUGAAAAAAUAUUUUUAAUAAACUUCCUUUUCUUCGCACUAAUAAACACAGCAGCUUUUCAAAGCUCUUUAUCUACAGUACUCACCGCACCCCAAUAUUAUAAAAAUCUUCAAAGUUUAGAAGAUUUAGCCAAGUCACAGAUGCGCAUAUCAUCAUAUUCGGAAGGUUUAAGGGAUACAUUUGCAACAUCGGAACAACCACAUAUUCAAGUUUUAAAUUCGAGAUUUAGUAUUUUACCUUAUACUCAAAACAGAUACGACGCUUAUCUCUCAAGGCUCACAAAAACUAAAUACAUUCAAUCUUUGGAAGUUAAAACAUAUGGAAAAUUGAUAUCCCACACAAUUCCGGAUUGUCCAAAUAGUUAUUUAUUAUCAUAUUUAACCAGAAGGGAUUCAUUAAUUCUUGAUGAAAUCAAUAGAAUUAUUGAGGGUUGCGUUGAGAGUGGAUUAUAUAAUAAAUGGUAUAAUGAUGUGGUUGGUGGUGCUUGGAACGAACGUUUAUUAGAGAAUGUAGAAACAAGAGCUUUUACAAUUAAUGAUAUUCAGACUGCUUUUUAUUGCUUAUUAUUGGGUUAUUUACUGAGUAUUAUAACAUUUGGUUUAGAGUAUUUGAAUUACAUUUGAUUGGGUUGGCUUUAGUUUUGGUUUUCAUUUUAUUUUUUGCUCUAAAUUUAACUUGAAUUCCAUUUAACACUUCUAAAAAAUAUAUCACUGGCAGUUUGGGUUUAUGUAACGCUAAAUAUAAUUCAAAUUCUGUCAACAUCUUAAUAAUAAACAAUUUUAUUGCAGUUUGUUUUCCUACAUUAUAGAAAGUGUAAAAUAUUUGUUAUCUUACUAUUCUUAUAUCAUUUUUCUAAAUAUCAUCUAUAAAUAGUAAUAGUAUUAACACAUACUUAUAGUCAAAAUUUGUAAUCAUAAACAAACAUGUCAAAAUCACCACGUAUAUGUAGUGUCUAAGUAUUACCAUGUAUAAGUUAUCUUUUCGCUCUCUAUCGGUGAAGAGUCAAAAUUAUGUAUUAUAUUUACUUAUAAUAAAAAAAAGGUAUCAAAAAAUAAUAUUUUUACGACUAG